ACGACAUAAUUCAUCAGAUGAUCACAAGAGGCUUUGAAAGUUGUCGACUGGUUUGGAUUCAAUUACAAAGAGAAGAAAAAGAACAUGGGGUCGUCACUGUUUGUCUUGGUUGCCGUCUUGGUCGCGGCCCGCGUUGUCCACUGCCGCCCAGUUUGCAGCCAAGCUUCACUUAAGUGGCACCUCAAGCAGCAAACAGUCCAGAUGAACUGGACCCUCGUAGGAGACAUCUGCAGAAACAUGUCUGAGUGCUGGGACUCUCAGGGGAGAGACGACCCCAGGGGGCACCCGCUCAGCUUCCCGCAGAUAUGUCCACUCCAGCUGCAGCACGGGGACAAACUGCUGAUGUCCGCCGAUGAAUCGCUCAAGUCGUACGGCAUCAGGCUCCUCAACGUGUCGGAGCACGGCUUUGAAAGCUGCUCCGCCAGCGGCCUGAAGGAGGAUCAGUUCCUCUUCCCCCGCAACCUAAAUGAAAGUGUGCAGGCGGAGGCCAAGUGGCUUGUCCCCGGCCGCCAUUUCUUCAUCGCGCUGCACGAGGGAGACGCGCAGCUGUGCAGGCUCGGCUUGAGGCUCAACGUGUCCGUUAAAGCGCAGCUCUGUCAGGCCUCUCCUCUGCUGCGACUCUGUUCGGGGAACGGCAUUUGUCAAACGGACCUCUGGGAAGGCGCCUACCACUGCCGCUGCCACCAACACUAUUCCGGGAGGUUCUGUGAAAAGUUUGACGCGUGCCUGGAUAACCCUUGUAGGAACAAAGGCGUCUGUUUGAGCAAUGGCUCCGCGGAUCCGAGCCACCGAACGUACAAAUGUCUGUGUCCGCCACAUUUUACAGGCCUCAACUGCUCCGAAGUGGUCGGGAAGGAGAACUGCGACAGCAUUUGUGAAAGUGGGAGAUGCGUUCAGGUGUCGGCGACGUCCUUCAAAUGCAUCUGUGACUCGGGAGUUUCAGGCCCACCUUGCGAGACGAGGACCUGUCGUCCAAAUCCAUGCAGAAACGGUGGCCGGUGUGAGGAGACCCCCGAUGGGAUUGUGUGCCGUUGUCCAGAGGGAUUCUCUGGCCUCUACUGCGACUCCGGGGCCGACUUGGAUUGCACGUCAUACGCAUGUCAGGAGGAGCACAUUUGCGCUGCAGGGGAGCGUGCCUCUGGAUGUGUGUGUGCAGAUGGUAAUGUGGACGCAGCGUGCAGGAGGCAGCGGAGGCCGUGCAGCCCGUCACCAUGUCGCAACAAUGCCACCUGCGUGUCCAGAGGAAGUCAUUAUGUCUGCAGAUGCCCGAGAGGAUUCUCUGGGAAGAAUUGUGAGGAAGUAAUUGACUACUGCGGGCUGCUCAAUAUCAACUGCCAAAAUGAGGGAUUGUGCUUGAGUGUAAUUGACGGAUAUCAGUGUGUUUGUGCCGCGGGAUGGAUCGGGGAGUUUUGUCAGUAUGUGGGCGAUGCCUGUCUGAUACGACCGAACAGCUGUUUGAAUGGAGCCACGUGCAUCACAACAAGUCAGCCGUCAUCUCCCCCAGAGUACACGUGCAAAUGCCCCCCCGGCUUCACUGGAACAAUGUGUGAGACAGAGUUCAACGCGUGUGACUCCAGCCCCUGUCAGCACAACGGCACAUGCUCCCACUUGCUGGGACACUACGAAUGCCAAUGUCCAACAGGUUUCCUGGGAAAGAAUUGUGACAUUGACAUUGAUGCGUGUGCUCUGCCCGACCACACGUGUCCGCCAGCGACUCAGUGCAUGGAUCUGCCAGACGGUCUUGAAUACACCUGCCGUGUACCCUGCCCUCAAAGCCUUCAACCCUGUGCCAACGGAGGACGCUGCGUCUUGAACGAAGCUGCAGGCUACACCUGUGUCUGUAUGCCUGGUUGGUCCGGUCAGAGCUGCCAUAUAAAUGUCAAUGAUUGUGCUCGGCAUUGGUGUCAGAACGGAGCCACUUGUGUGGAUGAGAUUGAUGGUUACAGGUGCGUUUGUCCCGGAGGAUACACGGGCGUUUACUGCGAAGAGGACCUUGAUUACUGCGUUGGCCAUCGCUGCUCCGAACACGGCGUUUGCCUGGACCAGCGGCACAACUUCACCUGCCGCUGCACGCUCGGUUUUGAAGGGUCGCUCUGUGAACUGGAAACCAAUGAGUGCAACAGCUUCCCCUGCGCGAGCGGUGCCACCUGUGUGGACCUAAUCAGUGGUUAUCAGUGCCACUGUCCCCCGGGGCUCCAGGGAAGGGCCUGCUCGGAGAAUGUAAAUGAUUGCUGGUCGCAGCCUUGUCUAAAAGGAGGCUUGUGUAUGGAUCUGAUAAAUGACUACAUUUGUCAUUGUCCCCUUGGAUUCAAGGGGAAGGAUUGCUCUGUGGACAUCGACCUUUGCUCGUUUGGAAUCUGCGGCGAACACACAUUGAUAUGCACCGAGACCAAUGAUGGACAGAAUGUCUCCUGCACAUGUGAAAGAGGGUUUGCAGGACCGUUUUGUGAAGUAAAUCUCAAUGACUGCGAGUCAAAUCCGUGCCAGAAUGGAGGCAUUUGUGUGGACGGCGCAGACCUGUAUCAGUGCUUCUGCUCAGAGGGCUUUGGGGGGUUGAACUGUGAAAUCAACUAUGAUGAAUGUGUCCACGGAUAUUGCGCCAAUAAUUCCACGUGUAUCGACCUGAUUGCGGACUACAAGUGCAUCUGUCCUCCGGGCUUCGCUGGUAAGAAUUGCUCCACGUCGGCGUCAGUAUCGUGUGCAUCAGAUGUCCAGGUCUGCAAAAACGGAGGAGCCUGCCUCCUAAGCCCCACUGGAGAAAUGCACUGUAUUUGCCGUCCAGGUUUAACCGGCCGGUUUUGUGAGGCAAACCCUGAUGAUUGUGAAGAACGGCCGUGUGGAGUCCUGAGUGUUUGCGAGGACGCUCUGGACGGCUACAAUUGCUUCUGUGCACCCGGAUUUAUCGGAAGCAGGUGCGAGAUUGAAGUGAAUGAAUGUCUCAGCCGGCCCUGCGCAAACGGAGGCUCCUGCGUUGAUGAGCUCAACUCAUUCGGCUGCCAGUGUCCUCUCGGAGUCACAGGGGACUACUGUGAAGUCAACAUAGAUGAGUGCGUGUCCUCCCCCUGCCUGCACAAUGCCACGUGUGUUGACCUUGUUAAUGGCUACGGAUGUGUGUGUCUGCCUGGAUUUACCGGCACAAGGUGUGAGCUCGACAUUGAUGAGUGCGCUUCGUCUCCCUGCAAGAAUGGAGCCUCCUGCAUUGACCAGCCUGGUAAUUACUUCUGCCAAUGUGUGGCUCCAUUUAAAGGACAUCAUUGUGAGUUCUUACCCUGUGAGGCCAGUAAUCCCUGCGAGAACGGUGCGGUGUGUGUGGAGGAGUUGGAUCAGGACCAUUUCCCUUCUGGAUUCCGCUGUCACUGUCGCCGGGGCUUCACUGGCCCCCGCUGUGAAAUCAAUGUGGAUGAGUGCAGCUCGAGCCCCUGCUUUCACGGCUUCUGCUAUGAUGUCGUGGACGGCUUUUACUGCCUCUGCAGUCCUGGCUACGCCGGGCGGAGGUGUGAGCAAGACAUCGACGACUGCGUGGACAGUUUGUGCAGCACCACGUCUGUUUGCAAGGACCUCCAUCUGAGCUAUGAGUGCAUGUGCCAUUCCGGCUGGGAGGGGCAGCACUGCCGACAGGAAAUAGAUGAAUGUUUGUCACGGCCCUGCAAAAACAACGCCACCUGCACGGAUCUCCUCAACGGCUACAGGUGUUUGUGCUCACCGGGCUGGACAGGUGUGGACUGUGCGGAGGAUGUGAAUGAGUGUGAUUCCGGGCCCUGUCUAAAUGGAGCUCAGUGUCAGGAGUCAGACCUACCUGGGGAGUUCUCCUGCACCUGUCCCCCCUUCUUCAGUGGCCCCUUGUGCAACGAGCCUUAUGACCCCUGCGACCCCCUCCACAGUCCGUGCCGGCACGACUCCACCUGCCUGACACGCUCCAAUGGAACAGCCUCCUGCAGAUGCCCAGCUGGAUUUGAAGGAAGUUGGUGUGAAAUUGACACCAAUGAGUGCGGCUCCAAUCCAUGCCAAAACCACGGCGCCUGUGUGGACCAGGUCAACGGUUAUAGCUGUGAGUGUAAGAUGGGAUUUUCUGGCCGUCGCUGUGAAGAAGACGUCAAUGAGUGCACCUCCAGCCCCUGCAGCAACGCCGGGAUUUGUCAAGACCUCGUGAACAAAUUCAGCUGCAUUUGCCCUCCUGGUUAUUUCGGCACGCUGUGUGACCUGGAUGUGAACGAGUGUGAAGUUUCACCUUGCCUACACCAGGGCAUCUGUAUCAACACCCCCGGCGGCUUCAAGUGUGUCUGUCGCCCUGGAUACUCAGGGGCGAGGUGUGAUGUUAACAUCGACGAGUGUGGAUCCAACCCGUGCCAAAAUAGUGGGAGAUGUUUUGAUGGAGCCAGUCGCUACCACUGCUUGUGUCCUGAUGGUUUCACUGGGCUCCACUGUGAGACCAACGUGGAUGAAUGCGUGUCAGCACCUUGUCUUCACGGAAGCUGCGUGGAUGGAAUCAAUUCGUUGUCCUGUGUGUGCGAGUCAGGAUGGACUGGCAGCAGAUGUGAAACAAACAUCGACGAGUGUGCUUCCAGGCCCUGUUGGAACGGAGGCUCGUGCGUGGAUCUCACUGAUAAGUACGCGUGCUUCUGUCAGGAUGGUUACACGGGCAAGACCUGUGAGAUCGAUGUGGACGUCUGCAGAGAGGCUGCCGCUAAUGUCUCCUUGUGUUUCAAUGGAGCCACCUGCGUCGACGGCGAAGGAUCAAACUUCACAUGCAGCUGUCCACCAGGUUUCAUGGGAGACUUCUGUGAAGUGGAUGCUAACGAAUGUUGCUCGGCUCCCUGCCACAACGGUGCCAUUUGCCAAGAUCUUAUUAAUAGCUACGUGUGCCACUGCAGGUCAGGUUGGACAGGCCUUCACUGUGAGGAUGACAUUAAUGAGUGCCUUCCACAGCCCUGCAGCCAGGGGAUAUGCAUUCAGAAUGAUCCAGGCUAUGGCUACACCUGUUUCUGUCGUCCUGGAUUUGUGGGGAAGAACUGUGAACACAACUAUGAUGAUUGCCUGUCGAAUCCGUGUCCGGACACGUUUGCCUGUGUAGAUGGCAUAAACAAGGUCAGCUGCCUGCGUCCUGUAGUCAAGAACAUCACACGCAGCUCCGCUCCUAAAGUGCCUUUUCCGACACUUGGCCCGGCACCAGCAGCUGAGCGAAGCACAGAUUCGAGCUACGUUCAGUACUUUGGGAAUUCGUAUCUUGAGUUCGAGAGUGUCGACCUCAGCGGCCUCAACAACAUCAUUGUGCGGUUCCACACCCGGGCGGCCCAGGGAACCGUGUUCUACGUGGACCAGGGACCUGCUAAUGGGGACUUCUUCUUCAUGAAACUCUUCAUCUCGGAUGGAGUCCUGCAGUACGCCUUCUGCUGCAAUGAAGAGGAGGCGGUUACAGAGAUCAGCACACUGGGACGUGUCGAUGACGGCCUGGUUCACAUUGUUAAUAUCAGACAACACCUGACCCCAUGUGAAGCGGAGCUGACUCUUUGGGGCCACGAGAAAAUCAAAAGUUCAGCAAGUAACUACUGGUCGGGAAUCACGAUCCAAAACACCAGCCACGUCUUUACAGGUGGUCUGCCACAGCACUAUCCUGUCAAUCAGAAAGCAAAACCCUUCCAUAACUACACUGGCUGCAUCGAAAUCAUUGAAAUGAAUAACCUGACGAGCUUCUACACAUCCGAUGCCAUCGCCAGCAGCAAUGUGGGCCAAUGCAGAUAUACAUUAUAUGCCACCGAGGACUCUGCAACAACUUCCUCAAAUUUGACAACUAGAUCAACCGUCGCUGACACAGUGAGCACAACAGCACCGACGGCUCCCACACAAGCAACAACACGUUCUCUGCACCAAACUCAAGUUUGCCGUGACGGUUUCUGCCGCAACGGAGGAACGUGUCACCAGCUGCAGCUUCCAGCCGGAGCCGUGCCUUCCUGUCACUGCCCGCUUCACUACACUGGAACUUUUUGCGAGAAAGAUGUCACAGUGUAUAUCCCCUCAUUCGAUGGCACAUCUUAUUUGGAGCUGCAGCCUCUUCCGUCCCUUCUCCAGCCUUAUUCUAUGCCUGCUACUGUCAAGGACGCGGCUGUUAUUCUCCAUCUGACAGUGAAAGCAGGAUCUGCACAGGGCACCAUCCUCUACUCUCAGGAGCAGAACUUUGGGGAUCAGUUCCUUCACGUGUUCCUUCAAGAUGGAAACCCUGUCGCUGAACUCGGGUGCGGUGGCGGUCACGUUCUGAAUGUCGCUGCAGUGCAGAACAUCCACAAUAACAGAUGGGUGCCAAUCACAAUCCGAUACAAUCUGCCUGUUGGCAAACAAGGAGGGUCAUGUAUGAUUGAAAUAGCUGCAGAUAAUGGCACAGCUCAGCGUCUGGAGGAGUACGUGUCUCAUCCCGAGUCAGAGGGAACCUUUGGACCUUUAUAUCUCGGGGAUGUCUCGUCCCACUGGGAGCUGCAUGACAGGAGUGUGAAAGGAGCAAGGAGAUUCAUCGGCUGCAUCAGGGAACUUCAGGUCAACACAAAGGAGAUUUACCUGGUGGGCGAGGCGGUGAGAGGGAGAAACAUCAAGAACUGCGACCCGCCUGUCUGCCAACAUCUUCCCUGUCGUAAUGGAGGAACUUGUGUCAGCGAUGCCGAGGACUGGUUCUGCGAGUGCCCGCCUCUCUUCACUGGCCGGCUGUGCCAGUUCGAUGCCUGCGAGCGCGACCCCUGCGGUCACGGAGCCACAUGCAUCCCAAAGUCACCGUUGGAGGUCGUGUGUCUCUGCCCCUACGGAAGACAGGGUCUACUGUGUGAUGAAUCCAUCAACGUGACUCGAGCCCGGUUCAGCGGAAGCGACGAGUUUGGCUACACCUCCUUCGUGGCCUAUUCCUCCGUCCCGAGCCUCAGCUUCUUCUACGAGUUCAAGCUGAAGUUCACGCUCGCCAACAACUCAUCUGCCGUGAAAGACAAUCUGAUCCUGUUCGCUGGGCAUAAAGGACAAGGAGAUGAUGGUGACGACUUCUUUGUGCUGGGACUACGAAGCGGACGAGUUGUGCACCGAUUCAACCUGGGAUCAGGUGUAGCCACGAUAGUCAGUGAUCGACUGAACCAGCGGGUGAACAUUCACACAGUCAUAUUUGGGAGGUCCAAGAAAACAGGAUGGCUGAAGGUUAAUGGUCAAAGGAACAGGACGGCGGCGUCUCCAGGACCCCUGGUGGGCCUCAAUGUUUUCAACCAGCUCUUUGUAGGUGGAUAUAAUGAGUACACCCCUGAACUGCUGCCACUUGGCUCCAGGUUCCGACACAGCUUUCAGGGCUGCAUUUUUGAUGUGCUGUUUCGCACAAGAGCAGACAGAAACUUCCAGGCACUGGGACAGCCUGCGGGACGUCCAGCCUUCGGGCGCAGUGUGGGACAGUGUGGAGUCACGCCAUGUGUUCACAUUCACUGCAGGAACGGGGGGACAUGUGUGGACUCGGGCUCGUCUGUGUAUUGCCAGUGCCCAUUUGGAUGGAAGGGAGCGCUCUGUUCUGAGACCGUGUCUGUGUGCGAUGCGGAGCACAGCCCCCCCCCUCUGUGCGCCCGCGGCUCCACCUGCAUCCCUCUCCCGAACGGAUACACCUGCCAGUGCCCCCUGGGGACAGCGGGGCUCUACUGCGAGAAAGCCGUGACCAUCAGCGAUCCAUUCUUCAGCGGCAACCUGUCCUCGUGGAUGUCAUUCCCCCCCGUGGGCGUCAGACACAGGACGGCUCUGCAGCUGCAGUUCCAGCCUUUGUCACCGGAUGGCAUCCUUGUGUAUACUGCACAGCACCUCAGUGCCAGAGCUGGAGACUUCUUCUGCCUCUCCUUGAAAUCCGGCUUCGUCCAGCUGAGAUACAAUCUGGGGGACGGCCCCCGCGUCCUGCAGUCGGUCAACAAAGUGGACUGGAGCGGCCGGACCUGGCACAGGGUGACAGCAGGCCGAGUCGGCCACCGCGGCUUCCUCAGUCUGGACGAUAAGGAGGUGAGAGAGAACGCGACCGAGGGGAUGACCACCCUCGACGUUGCUACAGACAUCUUCGUCGGUGGAGUGUCCACCUUGAGUUUCGUCUCCACUGAUGCAACUGAAGGGGAACCGACAGGUUUCACCGGCGGCAUGAGAGAACUCCUACUCAACGAUGCAGAGCUGGAGCUGACCGAGAUGGGAGCAGUGAGCGGGGCAAACGUUGGAGACUGGGAUGGGACCGCGUGUGGGUACAAGGUCUGCCAGAAUGAAGGUCACUGCAGGGUGACAGGAGGUCACUCGUUCACAUGCGUGUGCCCACCGUCAUGGACCGGCUCUGUGUGCAACCAGUCUGUGAGCUGUGCAAACAACACCUGCAGACACGGCUCCUCGUGCGCUCCCUCUAAUGGGACCGCGUACCACUGCAUGUGCCCCUUAGGCCGGGGAGGAGAGCACUGUGACGCAGAGGUAUCCACCGACGUGCUCAACUUCGUGGGAAACUCCUACGUGAAACACUCUGACCCGAGAUACAAGACGAGAAAUUUGAAAAACACACGGGUGUCUUUCAGCUUCCGCGCGAGCUCCAGCGCCGGUUUGGUCAUGUGGAUGGGGGGGGCCGAGCACGAAGACGACGACUACCUGGCAGUCGGACUCGAGAGCGGCCACCUCAAAAUCGCGGUCAACCUCGGGGAGAGACUCUCCCUCCCGGUAACGCUCGGGAAUCAAACCCUCUGUUGCGACAGAUGGCACAACCUCUCCCUGUCUUUGAACAGCACCGUGCUUCAGGUGUUCCUGAACAGUGGGAGACUCCUGUUUGAAGAUGUGGACCCGUUUGAGCGAUACGUGGCCUUAAACUACGCUGGUCAGAUUUACCUCGGGGGGUUUGAGUUACACAGAAACGUCUCGAUCGUCACCUCAGGGCUGUUUUCAAAAGGAUUUGAAGGAAAUCUUAGAAAUGUUUAUUUAUUUGAAGACACCAGGCCAGUGCUGUUCCUUAAAAACAGUGAAGGUUUGAAUGUUUAUAAGGAAAAUGAAUAGUAGAGAAAAUGUAGCUCAUAGUAUGUAUUUAAUAAUACCCAAAGGGAAACUUAGAUGGGUUCCAGUUUUUCAAAGUAAAGUUCAUACUUCACUAUAUUUAACUACUUGUUUUCUUUCUUCUUUUUAGUACAGUUGUUAACUGAUUUUUUUGUAUAAUAGUGCUUUUAAUGGAAUGU